GAAAAAACUCUGAUCCUAAGACUUUGCUGCCUGAUCCCUCGUGGGUCUGCCUCCUGCUGCCUUAUACCCUUGGAGAACUGAGAAAAAUGCCUGUCAUGUUCCAAACUGAUCUCUUAAGUAAUGAAGGAAUAGUGAAAAAGAGAAUCAACAGAACUCCCAUUCGCUGAGACACAGGUACCCAACUGGAUGACCUAAAAAUAACAACAUUUGAGCUUUAAUUUAGACUUUAAGCCUCUGCUGCCUUGCAACUGAGUCAAAUUAUAUCUAAAUUUUCUCUGGGUCUGUUUUUUAAGUAAAAUAUGAAUACUCACCCAGUAAAAGCAAGACAGAGGCAGACGUCAGACACUGGGCACUUAAAAAAAAAUCGACUAUAAAAUGUCAUGGCCCCAGAAGCAAAGAUCGCAUCAGUUCAAUCAAUAUCGAACUGAAUUACAGAGGUAACUUCGCUGUGCAGUGACUGCUAUAAAAUGAGAAAACAUGUUAUAGAAAUGGUGAUGAUACACUCCUCAGACUCUGAGUAUUUGUCUAUAACUCGGGAUGCAUUUGUGUGUGGAGCACUGGUGUUAACAUGCUUUCUUAGCAGAGAGUAGAACAGCCGUUAUGGUGUAUGUUAUGAAUGCAUAUUAAGAGCGCAGGCAUUUGCAUAUCUGGAACUAUAGUAGAAAAUGCAUAACGAAAUUCCUUUUUGAAAGAUUAUUGUACAAACACACUGAAUCCUUGCUAAAUCUUGACAUAACAACUUUUUGUUACCACCGGCUUUUAUUUGGGGGAAAAAAAAAAAAAAACUAAGAUGUUCAAACAAAAGAUUAAUAUUCAGAAAAACCUCAACACAGAUUCUAUGCCCCCCUCACCACAUCACUACCACCACCAAAGGGUUUUAUUUCACGUUCAAAGGCAGAAAUAAAACAGCCCCAAAUGUUUUCAUGGAAAAGCCAUUUCUCAUCUGUCUGCACAUCACAAAGAUAAAAUAUAAAAUCUAUCCUUGGGAUGAGCUACAUCGGUGAUAAUUUUCUACUAACGCACUGUUAUCUAUUUCUUUGAUUUUGAUUUGCACGUUUGUGAUGCCUGUAAUACAAUGCAGCUUCUGGAGACUUUGGAAGUUUAGAAUAUGAUGCAAUAUGCAACAUUCAUGACAGGGCUGGCUGCUCUGUGGCUGGUGACUCUGCUACUUAUGCUCCUUUACAUUUAAAAAGUAAACCGUACGUGAGAACAAACAGAAUUCAGCAUCUCGUCUUCCUAUAGAAAUUCUCUGUGCUGAUACAAAAAGUGUGUGUAGUUUUUGAACCAGAAGCUAUAUGAAAUAUACUCUGUGCACCCAUUACCAGAACUAUGCCCUUAAACAUACAUUUUGAAAUGUUUUUGGUGUGUCUGAUUUUUUAAAAAAUAUGAGCUAAGCCAAUGUACCCACCUAUUUCAAGUUAUGAAUUUAUAUAGCCUUCUUUCUAUUUUAAAUUUGCAUUUUUUACUAGACCAUUGAGAGAGAGAGAAAAAAAAAUGACCCCUCCUUUACUUAGCAUGAUUCUCCUUUUUGCCAACUUCCCCAUCCGUUCUAGCACCGUCCAGGCCAAGUCAGGUAACUUCGAGGGAGAACGGAAAUGAGGGGGGUAUGACAGGAGAUGAACUGCAUUCAGCCUGAGGCCCCCGAUGCCAAUUUGGAACCAAAGUGCAUUAAAGCAGCAGAAUUUUAAACCUCUCAAAACUGCGAUUUAUAAGGGGAAUGCUAACACAGAUUCAACAGUUACAACUCUGCCAGGGAUUACUUUAAUACCAAAAGCACACUGUCUCACUUUAUAGAAGGAGAUUACUCAGUUGUCAAACAACAAAGGUUGUGUUUACCUUUUUAAACUUUUGAUUUUUUUAAAGUGCACUUUUAACUUUAGUGACAGGCAAUUCUAAAGUCCAAUAUCCUUUUGUUUGGGGGGUAGGGUGGAGAUGGUGGCAGGGGAGCCGAGAAAAGGAAAGGAAGGUAAGAUUUGCCUCUGGCUUCACAGUGUGUUUUAUCUGUAAGGCUUUGCCAGUUUUGCUUAACUGUUUCUACCCUGCUUUUGUUAAGAAACCAAAAGGGAAAAGCAGGGGGGAAAGAUAAAUAUGAAAUAAAUCUGACAGAGAAAAACAACUGGACACUGAUACAAGGAAGAGAAGAUAUUUAAACUGAUAUUGGUGGAGAGGGAAAAAAAUGUGAGGGGUGAGUUUUAGGAGAAAGAAAACAAUCUGAAAGCUCCAAAAGAACAAGAAUGCUAACCUUCGAUUAAAAUACUCAGCAGAAUGCCGGAGAAAGAAAGACAAAAAGCUAAGUGAUAAUUUUAUGUUUAUCGCGUAUGACAUGAAAUGGACAGGAACAAGCCCAUGAAGGCUGUAAAGAGAGGCACGAUGAGAGUGAAGGUGUGACUUUUGGUAGAGGACUCAAGAAUCUAGUUUGAAAUCUUUCACAGUCGACUUGCAGUUGUCUCUGCAUUUUAUACAGAUAUACAAAGAAUCGCUCUGAAAAGUUGCUGAAAGACACCAGCAAGUGUAGAAAGGGGAGCAUGUGAGGAUGGCUUUCACAGACCCCAGAUGGAGAAACUGUUCUUUUAUUCCAAAUUCUUAAGGAGCGCAGAAGUCUUACAUGUUAAUAAGAGAACACACAGGCACACACCCAUAAGUUACAUGCCAUGAAACAAAACAAGGAAAUCAAGAGACCUUUGUUGAUCCCCGUUCGCUUGCACACAUUCUAGUUUGGUUAAGCAUCUCAAGACCAUUUUCCUGAUUUCAGCUCCUUUUCACGGCUUGCUUUCCCUGGGUACCCAGGUGCACAAAUGGGAUGGUGAUCUUUACAAAACAUCAACAACGACAAAAACCCUCUCGCUCACACAAAAGCCCACCUUGUAAAUGAAUUGAAUAUUAACGACUCCCUAAUAGUUGCACCGUUGGCAGGGCGAAACUGAACACUAACACAGCUAUUUCUACAGAUUGCCAGUGAAGCCGAAGCAGCUCGAGGAGAAACGCACCUACUGUAUGUGAAAGGCUGGUGCAGAUUUUUUUUCCUAUCAGUCUAACCUUCUGUGUUGAUGCAUGAAUGCUGGUACCCACUUACAGGGAUGCCAGAUGAUCAGUGCAGAAUGAAGGUCCCAAGAGAGAGGAUCACAUGGUUCUCUCUGCCCUGUGACGUCACUAGCAGAUGGCAUGGGUACCAGCUCUGGCAGUUGGCAUCAAUGUCACUUUUUAGAGAUCAAUGAGAUAGUGCAGAUAUACACAGAUCUAGAGACUCCAGGAGACGAUGCGACACUCAGCCUGAAAAGAUUUGGAAGAUCCAAAAUGAAAACUGAUUAUUGAAUGAAAUUAAAACCUAAGGUAAUUUAAGAUUAGAGAACCAUGUUAACACUACCGUUUGAUGAGUCUGUUGUAAUGCCAGAAUCCCAGAUGUGCAGAAAGUUUUCUAGAGAAUGCGAGGACCAGAAGCAAAUUAAGAAACCCGAAAGCUUUUCCAAACAGAUUGUCCUUCGAGGAAAGAGCAUCAAAAGGGCCCCUGGAGAAGAGACUGAGAAAGAAGAAGAGGAGGAAGACAGGGAAGAAGAAGAUGAAAAUGGGUUGCCCAGAAGGAGGGGUCUUAGGAAAAAAAAGACGACCAAGCUCCGACUAGAGAGGGUCAAGUUCAGAAGACAGGAAGCGAACGCGCGGGAGAGGAACAGGAUGCACGGCCUCAACGACGCUCUGGACAAUUUACGAAAAGUGGUCCCCUGUUAUUCUAAAACCCAAAAACUGUCCAAGAUAGAAACUUUACGACUGGCCAAAAACUACAUCUGGGCACUUUCUGAAAUUUUGAGAAUCGGCAAGAGACCUGAUCUGCUCACGUUCGUCCAAAACUUAUGCAAAGGUCUUUCCCAGCCAACUACAAACUUGGUGGCAGGCUGCUUGCAGCUCAAUGCCAGGAGUUUCCUGAUGGGUCAGGGUGGGGAGGCUGCGCACCACACAAGGUCACCCUACUCUACCUUCUACCCGCCCUACCACAGCCCUGAGCUCACCACUCCCCCAGGGCAUGGAACUCUUGAUAAUUCCAAGUCCAUGAAACCCUACAAUUAUUGCAGUGCGUAUGAAUCCUUCUAUGAAAGCACUUCCCCCGAGUGUGCCAGCCCUCAGUUUGAAGGUCCCUUAAGUCCUCCCCCAAUUAACUAUAAUGGGAUAUUUUCCCUGAAGCAAGAAGAAACCUUGGACUAUGGCAAAAAUUACAAUUACGGCAUGCAUUACUGUGCAGUGCCACCCAGGGGUCCCCUUGGGCAGGGUGCCAUGUUCAGGUUGCCCACCGACAGCCACUUCCCUUACGACUUACAUCUGCGCAGCCAAUCUCUCACUAUGCAAGAUGAAUUAAAUGCAGUUUUUCAUAAUUAAUGAGGAAAAUGAAAAUAAACAGUGGUCAUUCACCUCCCCCGUCUAAUUAAGACAAAGCAGAUGCUUGUGGGCUGAGUAAUUGGCACAACUCUAUCUAAGGUGUUUACUAGUUUCUGGAGUGUGUUUCAACUAUUGUGAGAAUUUUCUAUGUAAAAAUAAAUCUCUUUUCGUAUGAGAACUUCUUUUCCUUUCCUUUUGUGUGUAAAGCACUGUGAUUCUGUUUCUACUGGAAGAAUAUUUUUUUCACAUAUUUUCUUUUAAAUUCACUUAAUUUGUUUGAAAAAGGUGUCUAAGAAUAUACUGUUGAAUAAAGACAUGCACACAGCAUAAUUCAUGUCUACUUCAGUUGUACAGUAAUUAUAAAAAUGCAUGUUAUUAAAAUCAGAUGAAUAAAAUGAUGUGUUUAUAAUUAUUAGGAAUUCUAUAUCAUGUAUCUCUGAAAAAUUGAACAUUUAAAACACUGAGAGUAACACUAAGCUGACAAUGAUAUUGGAUGAUGCAUUUGAGGAUAUACAACAAUAUAAAAAGCUAUGCAAUUUUCUUUUUAUUAAGGACAAAUCUAAAUACAUUCAAUUGGUAACUAUUCCUCUUCAAGUGUUUGCAGAUGGGGCAACAUGAUAUUUGGAUAGGUGGUGUCAUAAUUUUGGAGCAAGUAUUUCAAUCCUAAAGAAGAAAAUUUUCAGCACUUGUUUUGUAUUGUUCAGAAAUUAUCUGUACAGGUUUGUUAUCACAAUGUAUAAUUGUGUUUUUCCACCCACAUUUUUAAAGCAAUUAAACAUAGAUAUUUCCACUCGUAAA